CCACUUCCUCGAACGUGGUCAGAUUCUUCGCUCUCACUCCGCUUGUAGAGAAAGAUUUCCGUUUUUCAGUAGAUAUUCUCCUCAACUAUAGCUCCACACUGUAAAUUUACAUGUUUAUAUAUUACUACAUAACCUAUACUUGAAGAUUUUGCCGAUCUGGAUCAAGAAUACACAAACCUGUAGCCAGAAUUCGUUACCUGUAAUGGCGGAGAACGUAAAUGGAGGUACAAGUUCUUCGGACUGUUCUGUCGAAGUUCAGUUGAAGUCCGAUGAAGAAGUAACCGGCAAUAGACAGUUGGAUGAUGAUAAGAGUGUUGUUUCUUCUGCGCUACCGAUAAACGGCAGUAACUCUUCUGUCAAUCAAAUUGCAGAUGCUCCUGAAAGAUUUAUUUCAAGAGUUUCUACUAUGCCAGUAGAGAUUUCCGAUGAUUCCGAGAGACCGGAGGAGGCCUCAUCCCUGCCGAGCAGGUUCAAAUUGGAAAGAUCUAAAACGGAAAGGCAGAGACAUAGUAACAUUCUUCCUCAAGAUGCAGCCAUCAUUUUUGAUAACAAGAUUCCUGUGCAACAAAAGCUCAAACUGUUGAACAGAAUAGCUACUGUGAAACACGAUGGAAGUGUAGAGUUUGAUGUUCCAUCAGAUAUUGAACCUCAUGUACUUGGGGGAGUACAUGAUAUUGUUUAUAAUGAAGCAGACAUUGAACCUAUUGAUUCAAAUGAAAUUCAGUAUAUACCGCCCAUGCAAAUUGUGAUUCUUAUUGUGGGAACACGUGGCGAUGUGCAACCAUUUAUUGCAAUUGGGAAGCGCUUACAGGACUAUGGUCACCGUGUUAGACUGGCUACGCAUGCAAAUUUUAAGGAUUUUGUAAUGACCUCUGGACUGGAGUUUUAUCCAUUAGGAGGAGAUCCCAAGGUUCUUGCAGAAUAUAUGGUAAAAAAUAAGGGAUUUCUUCCAUCAGGACCAUCAGAAAUACCUGUGCAACGAAGUCAAUUGAAGGAGAUUAUUUUCUCCCUACCCUCUGCAUGUAAAGAACCCGACCCAGCUACUGGCAUCCCUUUCAAAGCAGAUGCAAUUAUUGCCAAUCCUCCAGCAUAUGGGCAUGCACAUGUUGCAGAGGCUAUGAAGAUUCCUCUUCAUGUAUUCUUUACCAUGCCAUGGACACCAACUAGUGAAUUUCCACAUCCUUUAUCUCGUGUUAGACAACCAGCAGGAUAUAGACUCUCAUAUCAAAUUGUGGACUCUUUGAUUUGGCUGGGUAUACGAGACAUGAUAAAUGAUCUUAGGAAAAAGAAGUUGAAGCUACGACCAGUUACCUAUUUAAGUGGUUCACAAGGCUCAGAGGCUAAUGCACCUCAUGGAUAUAUUUGGAGUCCUCAUCUUGUUCCAAAACCAAAAGAUUGGGGGCCUAAAGUGGAUGUAGUAGGUUUCUGUUUCCUUGAUCUCGCUUCAAAUUAUGAGCCUCCUCAAGCACUUGUCGAUUGGCUGAAAGCUGGGCCAAAGCCUAUUUAUAUUGGAUUUGGAAGCCUGCCAGUUCAAGGGCCAGAGAAAAUGACACAAAUUAUAGUGGAAGCACUGGAAAUGACUGGCCAAAGGGGCAUUAUUAAUAAAGGAUGGGGAGGCCUUGGUAACUUGGCUGAACCGAAGGAUUUUGUGUACACUCUCGACAAUAUUCCUCAUGAUUGGCUGUUCCUUCAAUGUGCAGCUGUUGUGCAUCAUGGAGGUGCAGGAACAACUGCUGCUGGUCUUAAAGCUGCGUGCCCGACUGCAAUUGUACCCUUCUUUGGUGACCAGCCAUUUUGGGGAGAGCGAGUUCAUGCUAGAGGAGUUGGGCCUCCACCCAUACCCGUUGAGGAUUUUACUCUUCAGAAGUUAGUUGACGCAAUAAAUUUUAUGCUAGAUCCAAAGGUUAAGGAAAGUGCUUUGGAACUUUCUAAGGCCAUGGAGAAUGAAGACGGAGUAACUGGUGCAGUUAAAGCCUUCUUCAAACAACUUCCCCGGAAGAAGCCAGAAGACGACUCAUCACAGCCCUCGUCCUCUAGUUUCUUCUCGGUUCGAAGAUGUUUUGGUUGUUCUUAGAGAUUUUUAGUAUUGAUCUCUUAUUAGUUCAUUGGAGAUGAAAGAAAAUGGUGAGGAGAUGAAUUUGUUUUAGUUGGCCUUUUCUUAUAAUUUUAUCUUGUACCACCAUAUAAACUUUUUCUUUUCUCAUUGUGGGAUGGAUAUAACAAAACAAAUCUUUUAUAGUGGUAAUAUGUAUGAUUUUAACUACUAAUCUACAUCCAUAUAUAGUUUAUCUUAUUUAUUAUAUAUAUUAUAAUGAUUAAUUGUGCGUCAUUUGUUUG